CAAAAUGGCGACGAAACUGUGAAAAGCAAAACGAAAAACGGGGCGGACAAUGUCUUGUUGAUCUUUUGCUGAAAAAACGAAUAUUUCACAGUGAAUUUGUUAAAAACAUAAACAAAUUAGAUUGGUUACUUUCCCAUUUAUUUGCACCGACCGCAUGUGCAGUAAAGUUUAAGCUGCAAUUGGAAUUUCGGAACAUAGUUGUCUAUUGGGCUUACGUAUUUAUACCAUUCCAGCAAAGAAACAAAUACCAAAAGAAAACGAUACACACAAGUCGUAAUUUAUUUAAAUCUACUUCCAAAGACCUAUAUAAAUUUCUCCAAACAAAACUAAAUUACAAUGACGGAGUACAAAUUAGUGGUGGUAGGUGCUGGAGGUGUUGGUAAAUCUGCGCUUACAAUCCAGUUAAUACAAAAUCAUUUUGUGGAUGAAUACGAUCCGACAAUUGAAGAUUCUUAUAGAAAGCAAGUGGUUAUAGAUGGCGAAACGUGUCUGUUGGAUAUUCUAGAUACCGCUGGUCAAGAGGAGUACUCAGCUAUGCGUGAUCAAUAUAUGCGAACCGGCGAAGGAUUUCUGCUCGUUUUUGCUGUCAAUAGUGCGAAGUCAUUUGAAGAUAUUGGCACAUAUCGAGAGCAAAUAAAGCGCGUAAAAGAUGCAGAAGAGGUACCAAUGGUGUUGGUAGGAAACAAGUGCGAUCUUCAAGCCUGGGCAGUUAAUAUGACACAAGCUAGAGAGGUUGCUAAACAAUACGGCAUUCCAUUUGUUGAGACAUCUGCCAAAACAAGAAUGGGUGUGGAUGAUGCUUUCUACACAUUAGUCCGUGAGAUUCGAAAAGAUAAAGAACAUAAAGGGAAAAAGGGUCGCAAGCAUCAUAAGCUGCCACAUCAUAAAUUCAAAUGCGAGUUGCUGUAAAUGAUCUUAUAUUAAGGCAAAAAGAUGUUGGGUAACCUACACAUUCGGACAACCGGACAAUUUCAACAACAACAAAAACAACAACGAAAACGAACUAAACAGACAUUCAAUAAGAGAGUUAGCCUGUGAUGAGGAGGCUGUAGUAAAAAAAAAACAACAGUGAAUACAGCUAGAGCCGGAAAACAACAAAUUAAGCACAUAUUUUUUCAUUUAAAAAUCAGCAUAACACUAGGUAUACGCACAAGUAUAAAAUAUGCAAAUUUUACAUACAUAAAACAGACGAACUGGAGAAGUAAAAAAUGUAAAUGAAAACAUAAAAAUAUCCAAAUUUGGAAAUGAAGGAAAUAUUUAUUAAUUAUAAUAUUUUCACUUUAUUUCUGCGCACAAUUUUUAUUUUUUUUUUUUAUAUUCCUUUUGAAAGAAAUAUUUACUUUUUAUUUCAAGGGGUAUGUUGAUCUAUUAAUUCUUUAUACUGUUUGCUAUUUUAAUUAAGUGUGCUUUCCAUUCUUUGGAAAUAUUUAUUUAUAUAGUAAAAUAAGAUGAAAUUCACAAUUUUGAUUUUUGAUCGUAGCAAAUAAUCGUGCCGUUAAUUGAUUGUAUCUUUCUGAACUGUGUUCUUUGUCAAGUCUUGCAUAUAUUAAUAUGUUUGAAAUUUAAUCUGAAACUUUACACAGAUUUAAGGCAAAGGAAGAAAUUGAAUCAAAAUCAAACUGAUUGUUAUAUUUUGAACUAUAUAAUUAUAGCAAAUAUAUGAACACUUCACUUGCCUCCUUUUAAGUGCAUCGUUUCUAUGUAUGUGCCUGUGUUUUAUGUAUGCAUGUUAAAACAUAGAAAAACAUUUGGUUAUUAAUAAAAUACAUUUAUUUAAGUACAUAAAAAUUAAAAACUAACAAACAAAAUGAUGAUUAAGAUAAGUGUACUAGCUGUAACGCACAAUAAGCAAAUGUUAAUUUUAGUUUGUUUUUUUUAACGACUCUACCCCUUUUUAUACUUUUUUGGUGCUGAAGUGAAAUUAUCGUGCAUAUUUUUAUAAAAGUAAAAAAAAUUAAAAUAUUCAGUUUUAUAUAACGUUUAAUAUAUUUCUUUUAAAAAAUAUUUGAUGUAUUUUUAUGGUAUCUGUGAAUGAGGAUAUAAGGCAAGAAUGAUAUAACUUUGCCAACCGAUGUAUCCUACAUCCACUGUAAGAUUAAGACAUAAUAAUUUUGAAUGUCAUUCUUUAUAUUUUAUAUAUGUAAUUUAUUAUAUGCUUACAUCAUCAUAUUCUCAUAAUAAUAGGACUAAAGCUUCAAAAAUAGUAAAUAUAAAAUUCGUCAUGUACAUAAACGCAAUACAGUUUUAUAUCUAAAUGAUUUAUAAUUUUUAGAGAGUUGUGUCAACGAUAAAUAAUCGCUAGUUACCACAAAAUUAUUAACAUAAUUGCAAUUUUUUUACGAAAGUCCAGUAAUCAAAAAUAGCCGAAGCCUACCAUUAAUUAUCUUAAAACAAAAAACGCAUAAAUAUAUUUUCAUUGUGAGGUUGUGUUUGUUGAAAAAUCGUAAAUAAUUUAAAGCAAUCUUGCCUUUCAGUUAUGCGAAACCGAAAAAAAUGAUUGUGCAAAAAUUAUAAAAAUUCUUCAAUGAAAGCAAGUAUCUGUUAAUACAAAUAUUUUGCAUUUUUGAAAUAGUUGGAACGAUUAUUUUUUUAACAGUGAACUGAACUCAACUUUUUUUUAAUU